UCCAGAUGGACCAGUGAGAGACCAUGGAGAAAAACAGAUAAGGUUCAUUUCACCUUUUGAUGGACAGUUAUCUUGUCACAUGACAAUUUCAACCUACUCAGUAGGUACCACCUGAAGUCUUUUGAGGGGUCCUGAGAGGGUGAAAUCUCUGAACUUUUAUUGGAUUUUAUCUUAUUCCCCUUUUUGCAUGGAGUAGUGGGAUUCUUUCAAAGCAUCUAUUCUCCUCUUUGAGAGAGAUCUUUUCUCCGGUUGCCUAAACUUUUUUAAUAAACUGUUGCCAUGAAAAACUGAUAUUUAAAAAAGAAGAUAUGUUCAACAUCAGCCUGCUGCAGUUUUGAACCGGAUUAAAAUGCUACUGGCAAGUCAGAUGAAGCAGACCUGGAUGUGGGAGACUGGAAGUUUCCUGAGAAUUACUACAACAGGCUGCCUUCCAAGGAUUCCCAGUCUCUGUGCAUGUGAGGUGUGAAGGUGGGCAGGACCCCAAGCAACAAAUCAUGGAUUUUGUUAUGAAACAAGCUCUUGGAGGGGCUACCAAAGACAUGGGAAAGAUGCUGGGUGGGGAUGAGGAGAAAGACCCAGAUGCCGCUAAGAAAGAAGAGGAACGACAGGAGGCCCUUCGGCAACAAGAGGAAGAGAGGAAAGCCAAAUAUGCCAAGAUGGAGGCUGAGAGAGAAGUUAUGAGACAAGGGAUUCGAGACAAGUAUGGGAUAAAGAAGAAGGAAGAAAAGGAAGCAGAGGCCCAGGCUGCACUGGAAGCUAAUGCUGAAGGGAGUCUGACACGCCCAAAGAAGGCAAUCCCUCCUGGCUGUGGGGAUGAGGAGGAGGAAGAAGAAGAGAGCAUCCUAGACACAGUCAUCAAAUACUUACCAGGGCCCCUGCAGGACAUGUUCAAGAAGUAAUAGCUGCAGACUGUUAGAUGGGCAUAAACAGUACUGCAAAGGAUUUCUCUUUUGCCCAAUGGGGAUUUACAAUCUUGCCAUUCAUCCCGCAGUCCUCCCCACCUCUGCCCUCUACUGCUCACUAGGAGUCCCUUCGCUUCCCAUUCCCUUCCAACUGCCUCUUUCCCUUUCCUCUGCCCCAAGACUCAUCCAUUCCUUAAUUUUGUACAUAGUCACAUCCAGUAGAUGCCUCUGAAUGGAUGUAAAGAUUAAAAAGCUGCAGACUACACAACUUUUAUUAUAAGCCAUAGUACUAUGUAUGUUAAAUACGGCACUGCACAUCAAGCAUAGAAAAGGAACAAUCUCAUUUCCAUCCAAUGCAAGAAGGAGUGUUCACUAAGUAUGAACAGUGGCCUAUUUAAUUUUUUAAAAUUAUCUUACUUUUAUUAUUGAUAGAUAAUAAUUAGUCAUUAUUAUAAUGUUCCUAUUGAUUGGGUCACAUCAGCCAUUUUUUUGUUGAGCGUUUCUGCUCUCGGAAGGGAUAUCUCAGUUCUCCCAUGGAAGCAGAGCUUUUCUGUUUUAAUUCCAUCUGUGACAUAAAUAAAAGAUCCUUUGGAAAGUAAAUCAUGCAUGAUUUACACAGCUGACAUCACUCAGAAUUGUGGAAGAAGUGAGUCAUCUGCCCUCAGAUGCCGUAGAAGUUAAAUGCCUCAGAAUCUAAGCAAGAGUCAUGUUACUUUGGGAAUUAGCCAUACAUUUACCUUGAAUGAGCAAACUGGUCAGGCACUUGCCGUACAGAGAGCUGAAACCAUAGAAGAAGGCACAGUGCUCUGGUAGAGGACCUCCCCAACCCCUCUGAAGCCAAUGACAAGUGUAUGUGCUGCUCUGUUUAACCAAUCUUCCUCUUUCUGCCAUAUUCAACCAUCCCAUUUCCAGCAGUGCUUGCCGGUUGGACUUUGGGUUCCAGCACAUUGUCGUGGCUGUGUCCUGCCCACUCUUUCCUGCAGUGUGUGGGGGUGUGUGGUGGUCUGAAUGUUAGUCAUGGCAGAUCCAUAAAUAUCCAUUAUGUUUACUGUGCUAAAUUACUGCAUUGCCUUGUGGAGGUCACUUAUUUUCUGCCCCACUGAGAUUCCGCACCUGUAAAAUGUAGGUUUCUGUCUCUACCUACUGUAAAAGCAUAAAGUGAGGAUGCUUCUUAGUGCUAUGCAGGAGCUAGUUAAUAUUACAGAAGUGUGUGGUAUCCCUUGAUGCUAGCAAGGUGGGAGAUUUUUUUCUCACCAUUAUCUUUGUGGCCUUUUGCAGACACAGGUACAGAGGUCUCCACUGUAGAUAUCACAUAAUUGCAUAAGAAAAUCCAAAUUCUGUGGGAGAUUUUGACUUGGUAAUACCUACAUAGAUUCAAUACAUAGAUAGACCUAUUUUGAGCACAGGUCCUCAUGAUCAGAUAUCUGGCUUGUCAUCUGAAGAGCUAAUCCUGAAAUUUUGCAUCUGGCUAGGUCUCUGUAGUCAAUUCUGUAGACUUACCAUCUUAAUCUCACAGUCUUGUCAGGAGAAUCAGGGUUUGGCUGGCAGAACUAGCAUUGCUUGUCCCUGUCCUGGGAACAACAAAAAUUUCCUAAGUACAUGGAUGAGAUUUGAAAGCAAAUACACUUUCUGCUGACAACAAAAAGAAGGAUAAUAUCAGAUACUUCAUUAUGUACCUAAAUUAAGCAUUUUACUUCAAUGGAUUUUCUUUUCACUCAUUCAGUGCAACUAAAUUUAGGCAAACAUCUCAAUAUUAUCCUCAAUAAGAUAUUCUAGAAGACAUUACCUUUCCAGGAAAGCAGAAUAAAUCUGUACCAUGGUUAAGGAAUUGAGCAUGAGAGCUCUGUACCUCCUAGAAGCAUCUGUUGCAAUAGGAAAAGAGUAUUUUAAAAGAGAAUAAAUAUAGUAUGCCCUCCUCACACAAUUUUUAUUCAGGUGUUACAGUCCUUGCUUCUUCUCAAAUAAUUUCAAAGAUAAUUUUCUAUUGAAUCCAAGGCAGAGGCUGAAGAGGUUUGACUGAUAUACAAGUCAGAACAAGUUGAUAAAGAUGCAACUUGUUUCAGGCUGGAUCUAUGAAAAAGACUUGUUUGUUCAAGUACAAGCUGCCAAGGGCUAUCCAGAAGGCAAGUUUUACUCAUUUGGAUAAUGUCAGUGGGACUUUUUUCCACCUAACUUUAAUUUAAAGCAAGAUGACUUCCCUCCUGAGACUUUCAGUAAACCCAGAACACUUUAUGAAUCUGUGCUUGGGUACAGUGUGGUAGUGUUGAACAAUUUACCAUUUUCAAGGAAGAGUGUCCUACUCACCCCAUGCAAAUUCUGCAACUAGUAAUUUGAAGCUGUUUAAGUAAUUCUCACAAAAUUGGAAACUCUCUUUCCAUCACAGGGGCAGCAGCUCAUUUUGGUGCUCUGCUAGAGUGUCCAACAUCCUCGAAAGCUAAAAGGCAAGAGCCUGGCUCUUCAAUUCAGCCACUCACUGGUCACUAGAUCUCCUAACCUUGAUCAGUGACAUACAGACAUCAAUACUUUUGAAAUGCCUUGAUUAAUCCCUGUGGCACACAUUCUCUAAUACAUAAGUAAAACCAGCAGAAAUGUGCCUGUGCUAAAAUGAAUUUGUUCAUUCAUAUAUUCCCCUGGCCUUGUGCUGGAGAACUCUGCGAACAAACAAACAGAUGAGAAGAUAUGCUUAUUCCACUUUACUUUGGCUUUUCUCUACCACUUGCUUGCUGACGUUUCCCUAGCCCCCAUUACUGAUUCCCUUCCUCUUCCAACCAAGAUGUUCCUGAUGUAAGGUCAGAAUUUUCUGCCUAGCAUUCUCCUUGCAGAAUGUUGGUGCUCUUUGUUUUCAGUCUCUCUGGCAGCUUGAUGUGCAUGUUUGUGCACACAUCUGUGGAAGGUGGGGAAAUUGGAGAAGAUGGGGAGAAGAGAGAGAGAAAGGAAGAGUAUUUUGUACCAUUUUAGAUAAUUGUGCCUCAGCAGCUGUGGCAUUGAAUGACUGGUCUAAGUCAGGAUCUUGUGUAGACUGUAGAAAAUUUCUUAAGUAGGUAGUGCUUUCCCUGGGCUCAGAACACUAAAAAUACUGCCCUUGUGAGCUGAGCUCCUGAGCUGUGUGAACAUCUGGAUUGAACCCCUGAAGAGGGCCAUAGAAUCACUAUACUGAGUCAUAUAGGCUUCAUUCCAGGUUCACAAAGCAGGAGGGAAAGGGAAGGUGGUUUAUUAAAAAGUGUUUACUGAGUCUUUUUUAUUGUGGGGGAUUCCCAGUUCAGCCAUUUCAUCAUUUCUGUAUCUCAGCUAGCCACACCUGCACCAGCCCUUCCUCCAUUGACAGGAGAGAGUUCAUCCAGGUGUGAGCUGCCAGUUCCCAUUUUCCUUUUCUUGCCAUAGGAAACAUGACAGAAGAUCUACCACAGGUACUGGACAGGUUUUGCUUGGUUUUGCUUCACAUAACUUUGGCACAUUGCAUGAGAGUGGACCUCUCCUCAAGUCAUUCCCUGGUCCUGAAGUGCCUAAGCCAUGCUGAACAGACUCGAGAGCAAGGCACUCUCCCUUCUCUUCUGCUCAUCUAUUUCCCUUCCCACUCAGAACUGGUAACAAGGGACACAGACACCUUUGACUCAUGUGUGGAUGUCAGAAGCAUUGUCUCACACACUUUUCCCCUUGGCACUCAAGCAGGUGAUAAAGCACUUAAACAAGAGACCAAAGAGAAGCAUGGUUCAUUGUUUGGAUUCUGAAUAUCUUUUUGUCUUUCAUGACAUUGUUUUAUUUGCAUCACUGGUCUGUUCAAUCUCAGGUAAAUGAGGUAUUUUAGUUUUAUAACUUGUUUUUAUUUACACAGAAAGGUUGUUGGCUAGACACUGCAGUCAUUUUCCCUCACAACUCCAAGACCUUACAGGUUAGUAAAAAAAUAGUCAAAGGGCCUUCUCAUUUGGAGGGUAAAUGAUUUAGUUUGCCAUUGACCUUGAGAACUCACAUUUAUAUGUAGAGAAAGCCAUAUGAAAUCAGACUGCAAUAUUAAUUAUCAAUGCUACUCUUGUGUUUAAAAUGAAUAAAACAAAAUAUAAGAUCAUGUGCUUAAUCACUUUGGAGUUCCUCUGUCUAUGUUUUUAUGAUCAUACAUUGGCUUAGAACCCUCCCAGCCUCUCUCCUUCAUCAAGAAAGACCAUACCAGUGCUGCUGAAUACAUCUUUUUGCCAAGCUUUUUGUGCUAGAAAAAGCAUUGUUAGAAAUUAGCUGUUGUGAUCUAAAUGUAACGUCUUCUGUAUCUGAAAGUUGUCUGUAUUUGUUCUGAAUAUAUGUUAUCAAGAUAACUGUUUCUUCAUGCACUGAGUUAGUAAAAUGUUUCAGUACUGUCAUUAAAAAAAUUGCCUGUUUCUCUCUUUCAUACACACAGAGCAAAAUUUAACUUAGUCAUGCAUUUUCUAGUAGAAAUGCUCCCCAGCUUUCUUUCAGAUGCAUGCAGUACUUGAAAAUGAUUUAAAGUAGAGACAUUGUGAAUGUGAUUUUAAUUUGUUAUUUUACUGGUACUUUUUCCUGCAUGAUGUGGGUAAAUGGUAUGAUGUUCUUUGAAAAUGGAAUCACAGCCAAUAAAAAACCCCAGUGAUUUCAUAAA